AUGGCUCAAUCAAAUUCUUUGAUGUUAGAAUUAAAUGAAGCAGUUCUAAAGAAAACUACAAAUUUGUCCUAUUUAAAUGAACGCGUUGCUGGUUACAACUGGAAUGAAGGGCUUAACUAUGAUAAAAUUUUACAAAGUUACCUACAUACAGGGUUUCAAGCUACAAAUUUCGGAUUAGCAGUAGAAGAAAUUAACAAAAUGUUACAUUGUAGAAAACAAGCAAUUCCAGAAGAAAAGUUCAUUGAUAAUGACGACGAGUUUACAGUUGUUAAGAAUAAUUGUACUAUAUUUUUAGGAUAUACCUCAAAUCUUAUUUCUAGUGGUCUAAGAGAAACUAUAAAGUUUUUAGUUAAGAAUAAAAUGGUUGACUGUAUUGUUACUACUGCAGGUGGUAUUGAAGAAGAUAUAAUUAAAUGCCUUGCACCUACUUUUGUUGGAGAUUUUAGUUUAGAUGGUAAAUCGCUCAGGGAAUGUGGUAUAAAUAGGGUAGGGAAUUUAUUAGUUCCAAAUGACAACUAUUGUAGCUUUGAAAAUUGGAUUUUACCGAUUUUGGAUGAGCUAUUAAAAGAACAAAAAGAUGGUGUCCUGUGGACUCCUAGUAAAAUAAUAGAAAGACUAGGUAAAGAAAUAAAUAGUGAAGAAAGUGUAUACUAUUGGGCAGCAAAGAACAAAAUUCCUGUAUUUUGUCCCGCCUUAACCGAUGGAAGUUUAGGAGAUAUGAUGUUUAUGCAUUCAUUUAAAAAUCCUGGCCUGGUAGUGGAUAUUAUUUCAGAUUUAAGACGAAUUAAUCUAAUGGCUAUGAAAUCUGUACAUACUGGAAUGAUCAUCUUAGGUGGAGGACUUAUCAAACACCAUAUUUGUAAUGCAAAUUUAAUGAGAAAUGGAGCAGACUAUUCGGUUUAUAUAAAUACCUCUUCAGAAUUUGAUGGAAGUGAUGCAGGUGCCAGGCCAGACGAGGCUAAAUCUUGGGGGAAAAUUAAAAAAGACGCUACACCUGUUAAGAUAUAUGCAGAUGCUACGCUCAUAUUUCCUUUAAUAGUCGGUCAAACUUUUGCUAAAGAUUUUUUUACGACAAAUUCCAGUCACUAG